AUGCCUUCAAAACAAAAGACACAGAAAAAGCCAAAGGCUGAAAACAAAGCAGCACCACAGGCGCAGAACGCUUCAGCAUCAACAGUCCUUCUGAACGUGGGCCGAGCAGCAGCACUUCUCCUUAUCGCCGGUUUCGCUUCUCCAGUCUCUCAGCUAAACCUGUCGCCCGUCUAUGGAUCCAUUCCUGCAUCGCUGCAUCACCAGCGGACCAUGACUAUUGUCGCUGUUGCAGCUUUGUUGGUCCGGCGAGGACUCAAGAGCUAUGUAUCCGCAAAUGUGUCCCAGUACAUCGCUGUAGUUGCGUACUGGACCCCCGUCAUACAGUUUCUGCUCUUCCCAUACAGUGAAAAGAUGGGAAUUGAGUAUGGGCCCAUGGCCAUUGAGCUGUUGACAUACUUUCCAUUGCUUUUCUUGUCAAUCUUCGCUGCUGCCGAUCUACUCGAAUGCAUCGAUAUCAGCGGCUUGAAUCCCUCUCCGUUGAAGGAGAUUGUUAUUCCUACCGCUUCGUACUUUGCUGUUUCCACCACAGCCAAGAUCAGCAGCGCUCUCAUCCCAAGCUUCAUCGGCACAUCGGUCUACUUCACUCGCAUUGGCUUUCAGAUGCUACUCGCAUCCGCGUCUGCCUUCUUCAGCCCCUCGCGCGUCAUUCUGCUUGCGUUCCCUGCUAUCUUGCACACACUUUGGACCAACCCGCACCAUCCGUCAACUCACGGAUUCCAACUUGCAAACUCGACUCUCCAAGCAACGCAAAACUACACCCUUCUUGCUCGACAGGAAUCAGUCACUGGCUACGUUUCAGUGGUCGAAAGCCAAUCUGAAAGUGCCUUCCGUCUCCUUCGAUGCGACCACUCCCUUCUAGGUGGAGAAUGGCUCGUCACUCCAGAGGCAUAUGCCAAAGGCCAGCGACAGCGCGAGUCCAUCUUCGCCGUCUUCGUUUUGCUCGAAGCCGUCCGACUUAUCGAGCCCCCCGUUGCAUCUAUCCCAGCUAUAGACGAGAGCAAGAAAUCCGCCCUGGUCAUUGGUCUCGGAAUCGGCACUGCACCCAACGCCUUGAUUGCUCACGGUCUCAAUACCACCAUUGUCGAACUCGACCCCGUAGUCCACCAUUACGCAACCAAGUACUUCAACCUCAGCCCUAACCACAAUGCCGUCAUUGACGAUGCUACCUCCUACGUGGCCGAGAAGUCCGUCUCUGCCCCCGGAAGCUACGACUACAUCAUCCACGACGUGUUCACCGGCGGCGCAGAACCCGUAUACCUCUUCACCACCGAGUUCAUGCAAGGACUGUACAAUCUCCUCAAGGACGACGGCUUCGCAGCCAUCAACUAUGCCGGUGACCUCACUCUCGGAAGCACGCGCUUGGUCCUCAACACCAUCCACGCCAUUUUCCCUGCCUGCCGCAUCUUCCGCGACUCCCCCGCCUCCGAGGAGCGCAAUGACGGCGACGCCGAUUUCAUCAACAUGGUCAUCUUUUGCGUCAAGAACGACCAUGGUCUCGGAAAAGAAGGAAUUCGGUUCCGUAACGCGAAGCCUGCUGAUUACCUGGGUAGCAUUGCGCGUCGCAACUUUUUGCAGCCGCAGGAGAAUCUCGAGGUCAAGUAUGAGUAUGUGCCCAAGGAGAAUGGGGGUAGGGUCAUGGGGAAUGCCGAUGUGGGCGAGUUGGAGAAGUUUCACAAGGAUGGCGCGGUUAGUCAUUGGAAGAUUAUGAGGACUGUGCUUCCUUCUGGUGUUUGGGAGAUGUGGUAG